AUGUGCGUGUCGGACGGCGUUGGGCUCACCGGCGAAAGCUGCUGUGUCACCUCCCGAAUGGCAGCAGCUAUAAACAAUGCUCCCGACAAUGGCCCACUCAGCCUCAUGCGACGACAACGCCAGAUCAGUGAAAAUCUUCAUCCAGAGUGGCAGCAGUCAGCGUCCCAUCGCAUCAAAGAGGAAGUGGAGGGUGAAGAGGGUCAGUGCAUCAAAGAAGAGGUAGACGAGUUCCUACACAUGAAAAAGAACAAGCGGGAGGAAAUCAUUCUGGUUCCAUCCACUGGUGUCCAUUUGAAGAGUAAAGAUGAAGAGUGCAACAGUGGAGGAUUACAAACAGAUGGUCAUGAUGAUGAAGAGUCGGAAGGUGAUUUGACAUGUCACACUGCCAACAAAGGCUGGAAAUGUUUUCAAUGUUGGAAUUUUUUUUCUUCUAACAGCAAUUUGAAACAACACAUGAAAAUACACACAGGAGAGAAGCCUUUUAAAUGCUUGGUUUGUUGUCAAAGAUUCACUCGGAAGGGACAUUUGAUAGUUCAUACAAGAAAACACACUGGUGAGAAACCUUAUGUCUGCUCAGUCUGUGGUCAAAGAUUUACUCAGAAGGGGCAUUUGAUAGUUCAUACAACAAAACACACUGGUGAGAAACCUUAUGCCUGCUCAGUUUGUGGUCAAAUAUUCUCACAGAAGAAAAACUUGAAAAAUCACACAAGAACCCACAGUGGUGAGAAAUGUUUUAGCUGUUCUGAUUGUUGCCAAAAAUUCUCUGUGAAGGAAAGCUUAAAAAUACACACAAGAACACACACUGGUGAGAAACCUUUUUGGUGUUCAGACUGUGGCCAAAGAUUUUCUGUGAAGCCAAGAUUAAAAGUGCACACAAGAAUCCACACUGGAGAGAAACGUUUUGCCUGCUCAGUUUGUAGUAAAAGAUUCUCUGAGAAAGGAAAAUUAAAAAUACACACAAGAACCCACAUUGAUGAAAAACAUUUUUGCUGUUCAGAUUGUUGCAAGAGAUUCUCUGUGAAGCAAAGAUUAAAAGUACACAUAAGAACCCACACUGGAGAGAAGCCUUUUCCCUGCUUAGUUUGUGGUAAAAGAUUCUCUGAGAAGAGAAAUUUAAAAAAGCACACAAGAACACAUUCUGAUGAGAAACCUUUUUGCUGUUCAGAUUGUGGCCAAAAAUUCUCUGUGAAGCAAAGCUUAAAAAGACACACAAGAACCCAUACUGGAGAGAAGCCUUUUGCAUGCUCAGUUUGUGGUCAAAGAUUCUCCAUCAAACAAAACUUAAUAAAACACACAAAAACGCACUCUGAUGAGAAGCCUUUUUCCUGUUCAGUUUGUGGUAAAAGAUUCUCUGAGAAGGGAAACUUAAAAAUACACACAAGAACACACACUGAUGAGAAGCAUUUGUUGUGUUCAGCUUGUGGUCAAAGAUUCUCUUUUAAGUUUCAGGUUAAGAGACACAAGUGUGCUGGUAAGAAAAGCAAUGAUCAAGAGGCUUUCAAUGGAAAUGAAUAAUAUGAAAGUAAUUGCGAUUAGUGACUGACAAAAAUCAACAUUCUUGUUUUGUCUGCACCACUGAUAAUUUGUUUUCUCCAAAGAUUACUAUCCCACUGGGAAACUUUGAGCUAUUUUCAUUCAAUAGGUGUGGCAGUUUUUCGAAAAUACUGUGUUAACCUUUCUUGCUACAAUCACGUGACUGUGGUCGAGAGACGCAUGGGAGACGCUUUCUCCCCGGAGUUAACUCCCUUGUCUCAUUGCACAGGUGAGCUGGGUGGCGGGAACAAUAAAGGCAAGAAGUACUGAUUUGCUGCUCAAAAGGCUUCAUUGACUCCUCUGCACAUUUGACAUCAAUGUGUCCUUACUUUUUCACUCACACCUGCCCUGCCCUCUUUUAUUCCUUUUCACCCUCCCACCGGACACAUCUGCGCAAUCCCGUCUCACUCAGACAUCGACGCACGACCCCUCACACACUGAGCUUGUUGUCACAAUAUCUGUAACAGCAGUAAUAAACUCAAACAAAAUUUUCACGCAAAUACCGUAAGAACUCAAGCAAAGCAUGAUAGUAUGCACUUUAAAGAAACAGAACUUCAAUAUGCUUUCAUACUGUCAUAAGAGCCGCAUUAAAAUUCUAUAUAUUCUAUAUUCUAUAUUGUUUUUUGUUUUUU